AUGCGAUCAGGGGCCACUGCACAAGGUGCAUCAGGCAAGUUCAUUCAUAUUGAAAAGGCUGAAGUUUCAAAGGACCCGGGAAACUAUGCUCCAUGGGCGGCCGCUUUAAGGGAAGCGUUCGGGGCUACAGAUAGUGCCAUUAAAGCUGCUGAACCAAAUUGA